UCCACUGGGCGCUGGGUUCGCGCAGCUGCAUUAGCUCUCACAGGCCGCCAUUUUGUGUUAGGCCCACUCUUGUAAAGCGGGAGAAAUUUAUUAGCACGGCGCACAGCACCUACGACUGACCAGAGCGGGACUGAAGGGACCAACCACAGGCGCUGGGCUUCCAAGCUAAUAUAACGGGGAGAAGAAGUCGUCAGGAAGUGUUGGCUGGCCCGUUGCCAUGGAGGGCGAGGUUGUUUCCAUGGAGACCACUCAGACUGCAGAGGGAAAGGUCCUGCCAGAGGGCAGAGAGGCCUUACAAGGGGCAGCCAUGGCCCCACAGGGUGAGGUGGUAGGUAACAUGGAGAUGAUGGUGAUGGACGCUCUCGAUCCGGCUCUGCUGCAAAUGAAGACAGAGGUGUUGGAGGGAGGCAGCACAGUGACUGUUACCGGUGGAGACGAGGGUCAAAUCAUCACACUCCAGGUGGUGAAUAUGGAGGAGCAGGCAGGUGCUGGACUGGGGCUUGGUCAGCUUCAGCUGGUUCAGGUACCAGUCACAACAACAACUGUGGAGGGCCUCCAGGCCACAUACGUUGAUGCAUCAACUGCAAACAAGGAUGCAGAGCCGGUUAUCUGUCACACUCUUCCCUUGCCUGAGGGCUUCCAGGUGGUAAAAGUGGGUGCCAACGGUGAAGUGGAGACCGUAGAGCAGGAGGAGCUCCAGGCAGCCCAUGAUGAGCUUCAGAGGACAAGAGGAGAGGGGGAGGAAGAAGAAGAAGAAGAGGCAGCAGAAGUAGAACCCCCUGCGGCUCAGGAAGAAGACCCCGAAUGGUCAAAGGACCCAGACUACCAGCCCAUCACCACUGUCCGCAAAGGAAAGAAGGGAAAGAAGAGUCGCCUGCGCUAUGCAGAGGGUGACCGUGACAUGGAUGUGUCUGUGUAUGACUUUGAGGAGGAGCAGCAGGAAGGGCUGCUGUCAGAGGUCAAUGCUGAGAAGGUUGUGGGCAACAUGAAGCCACCAAAGCCCACCAAGAUCAAGAAAAAAGGUGUAAAGAAGACUUUCCAGUGUGAGCUGUGUAGCUACACCUGUCCAAGGCGCUCCAACCUGGACCGACACAUGAAGAGCCACACAGAUGAGAGGCCACAUAAAUGUCACCUGUGUGGAAGGGCCUUUAGAACAGUCACACUGCUGAGAAACCACCUCAACACACACACAGGCACUCGGCCACAUAAAUGCACUGACUGUGACAUGGCAUUCGUGACUAGCGGCGAGUUGGUGCGUCAUCGUCGCUACAAACACACACACGAGAAACCCUUCAAGUGCUCCAUGUGUGACUAUUCCAGCGUGGAGGUGAGCAAGUUGAAAAGGCACAUCCGCUCUCACACAGGGGAGCGACCCUUCCAGUGCAGUCUGUGCAGCUAUGCCAGCAGAGACACUUACAAGCUGAAGAGACACAUGAGGACACAUUCAGGUGAGAAGCCAUAUGAGUGUUACAUCUGCCAUGCUCGGUUCACACAGAGCGGCACCAUGAAGAUGCACAUUCUGCAGAAACACACAGAGAAUGUGGCCAAGUUCCACUGCCCACACUGUGACACUGUCAUCGCUCGCAAGAGUGACCUUGGCGUUCAUUUACGGAAGCAGCACUCGUUUAUUGAGACGGGGAAGAAAUGUCGUUACUGUGAUGCUGUAUUUCAUGAGCGCUAUGCCCUCAUCCAACACCAGAAGACCCACAAGAAUGAGAAACGUUUCAAGUGUGACCAGUGUGACUACUGCUGCAGACAGGAACGCCACAUGAUAAUGCACAAGCGUACACACACAGGGGAGAAGCCAUUUGCCUGCAGCCAGUGUGAGAAAACUUUCCGGCAAAAGCAGCUCCUGGACAUGCACUUCAAGCGCUACCAUGAUCCCAACUUUGUCCCCACUGCCUUCGUUUGCAGCAAGUGUAGCAAGACGUUCACCCGCAGGAACACCAUGCUACGUCAUGCUGAGAACUGCACAGGUGAAGUUGGAGAAGAAAAUGGAACACCCACACCCAAAAAGAGCCGUCGUGGCAGGAAGAGGAAAAUGCAGGCCAGGGCGGAUGAUGAUGACGACGACGACGACGAUGAUGAUGACACUGAGGGUGAUUUGGAUGAGGCAGAGGAGGAAGAGGAGGAUCUGCUAACUGAGAUUGAGGUGGAACAGGCUCCACCAGUCGUCCCCAUCCCAGCCCCUGUGGAGCCACCGGUCAAGAGAAAACGUGGGCGACCCCCGAAGAACAAGCCAGACACCGCUGCCAUUAUCCGUGUUGAGGACGAGGCCACUGGAGAGGUGGAUGACAUCAUUGUGAAGAAGGAGGUCGGAGCUGACCAAGAUGACCAGGACGAUGGCAACGAGGACGCCGCAGAGGGGGUGGUGGUUGGCGGGGUGAAGUCAACCAUUCAGAUGGAGGAGCUGUCCCAGGAAGAGGGGACAGCACAGGAGGCACAGCUGUCCGGAGCCCCACCUAAUGGAGAUCUGACCCCUGAGAUGAUCCUCAGCAUGAUGGACCGGUGAUGGAUGUGAACCUGUAAAACACACCCAGACCAUUGACCACAUCUUCAUUUUAAUUCUUGGCAUUUAGGAUUACAAACACUUGCAUCCUGCACAGAAACAAACAUAACUGUUGUAAUUUAAGAUUUGAUUUUUAAUCAUGUAUUGAUAAAGACUUGGAUGAGUGAAAAAGAUUUUUAAUAAGGAUUUACCUACCAAAAACACAUUUCAGUACAUUUUUGUUUGAAGUGGCUGUAAUUGACAACAGUGUCUUCAAGCUGCAUUUAUCUAGAUUCCAAAAUCUCUUCUGGCUACAUUUCUGCACAAUAGUCCACUAAAUAUGUUUUAAAACAGUAGAAAGAAUCUCAACCCUUGUUAAGCUCUUUGUUUUGUCUGUUAUACAUCUGUUGGCAAGUUAUACACCUGUGUGCCACUGACUAAAAGUGGUAAAAGUUCAUAGUAGCAUGCACACAAUAAAUGUUAAAUAUCCUCACUGAAGAGCUGUACGUCUCUGUGUGCACAGAAGACUGCUCUGUAGUCAAAGUGGAGAUAAAAAUGGGCUUUUUAAGAACAAAAGGGAAAAAAUUGGAGGCCAAGUCAUUGUGAAAUAUCAAAAAUGUUAUAAAACUGCAGAAACACAAGAACAACCUUCAGGGGGAUGAUACUGCCAUCAAUAACAGCCACUUCAAGAUUUUUUUUUUCCCCCUUUUUUUUGUUUCAUUUUCUGUGGUUAAACCUAUUAUAGUUUUUAAGAGCUUAAUAGACUGCUUAUUUUAUGCUCCUUUCUUCCUACUGUAACACCCCUUGAUGAUGCAUAUGUACUAAACAUUGUCUCUGAUAAGUGUAAGGAAAGAACAUUGUUUUGCUCCCUUGUGUAGCCAUUCCACUUUGGGUUGAUGUUUUCCUUUUGUAUCAUUGGCAAUGCAGUGCUACGUAGCAGCUUGAAUGACAUUUUAUUAAUUGUGUGGCAGAAGAGAACAGAUGUAUGACUGUACAACCAAUAAAAAAUUAGACAUUGAGAAUUUUUUUUAGAUUUCUGCAGCUGUAAUGGAUAUGGAUAUUUAAAAUCUGCUUGGGUUGGCUGAGCAGUUAACACAGAUUAAGUGGUAUAGUUACAGGAAAAAGAUGUCUUGAAUCAUUGUUUAUCCAAAUUAGCUGAGAAACAACUGAAUGCUAACACAGAAAUGUCAGUGUAUUUUGCUUGCAAAUAUAUUUUAUUAAAUGGAAGAAUUGGUAUUAA